CGCGUCCGCUUUUCGUUGCGCGAGUCAAAGGCCGAUCGCAACGGUUCGGAAGGAGUCGGACGUGGAGGAUUAACUUGAAGCGGAAUUUUAUUUUUGCACCUCAAAUAAAGCCAAACCUGCUAGCUUAAGGUUACUGAGACCCGUUGACUUAUAAUGGGACGAAUGGAGAAUUUAUAACCUCUUCUCUUACCAGUCUAUCGGAGCUCUGAGAGAUUUUAAUCACCAUCGCAUUUUGGAGGAGGUAAUCAGCGAUUAGCUUAGCACGCUGGCGCGAGCGCGGACUGAAAUGAGCGUCGCGCGCCUCGGAUGUUCCCGCAUCGGAGUUUGCUGAAGCAGAAGGCCUCAAAUGGGAAAAACAAGCAUCGGGAGGGAAUACCAAGUAUAAUUUUGUAGAUGUAGCUCACGUUUUGGAGUAGGAUUCGUUGGACUUUGCAGCACAUCUUCAGCAUUUUUAGCUGGAUUUUAACCUUUCCCAUCUGACGCCGGCCAUGGAAUCGACGGUCGAUGACGAUGCGAUGGAAGCGUGAAUGAGGUUUGGCGUGGCAAUAGCUGAACGAUGCCCAAGGGUGGGGGUUCUAAAACCCCCCAGCUGGAGGACUUCCCACUCAGCACCGACAUGGUGGAAAAGCAGGGUGGGAAGAAGGAUAAAGACAAAGGCUCGUCAAACAAGACUCCUAAAUUGGACCGCAGCGAUGGUGUCAAAGAGAUGAAAGAGAAAGCUCCUAAGAGGAAGCUGCCCUUCACCGUCGGAGCCAAUGGAGAUCAGAAAGAUUCUGACUCUGAAAAACAAGGUCCAGAGCGGAAGCGCAUUAAAAAAGAGCCCACUAACACCAGGAAGUCAGGCCUGCCGUUUGGGAUGGGCAUGCCAGGGAUCCGGGCCGGGUACCCACUCUCAGAGCGGCAGCAGGUGGCUCUUCUCAUGCAGAUGACGGCGGAGGAGUCCGUAAACAGUCCAGACACAACACCAAAGCACCAGUCACAGUCAAGUCUGGGUCAGAAGGGAACGCCAAACUCUGCCUCAAAAACCAAAGACAAAGUUAACAAGAGGAACGAGAGGGGUGAGACAAGGUUGCACCGGGCAGCCAUUCGUGGAGAGGCACGCCGCAUAAAGGAGCUCAUCAAUGAGGGGGCUGACGUGAAUGUAAAAGACUUUGCAGGCUGGACCGCACUACAUGAGGCUUGUAACAGAGGGUAUUAUGAUGUGGCCAAACAGCUGCUGGCAGCCGGGGCCGAGGUUAACACCAAGGGCCUGGAUGACGACACGCCUCUACAUGAUGCAUCUAACAAUGGCCAUCUCAAAGUAGUGAAGCUGCUGUUACGAUAUGGAGGUGAUCCUUGUCAAAGCAACAGAAGAGGAGAGACUCCGUUAAAAGUGGCAAAUUCACAAACAAUGCUUAAUUUGUUGUUGGGGAAAAUCACCUACUCCUCCAGUGAGGAGAGUUCCUCUGCAGAUUCUUCUGAAGAGGAAGAUUCCCCAUCGUUUGCCCCAUCUAGCUCUGUCGAUGGCAAUAAUACGGACUCAGAGUUUGAGAAGGGCUUAAAAUUAAAAGGGAAGGGCAUGGACCCACCCAAAUCCACCACCACUCCAGUCAAGGAUGAGUAUGAGUUUGACGAGGACGAUGAGGAGGAGCGUGUCCCACCUGUGGAUGACAAGCACCUGCUCAAGAAAGAGUUCCGCAAGGAGCCUGUCAGCAAAACAAACAACUUAAUCUCCAUACCCAAGAUGGAGGUCAAAACCUAUUCCAAAAGCAACUCGCUAACACCAAAGAAGGCUGUGCGCAGGAUCCUGUCAGACAGCAACAGCUCGGACGAAGAUGACAGAACAUUGUGUUUCACACCCACGACCACACCAAGGCAACCUGCACCUCAAACUAACAUCAAGAGCAGAGACUCGACGUCACUGAAUUCCAAGCAGCAGAAAGAGAAAAGUAAAGUCAAAAAGAAAAGGAAGAAGGAGACAAAAAAUAAUGUUAACAAGGAGGUGCGCUUUAAUAAAGUGAAUAAGUUCUGCACCUCAGACUCAGAGAUUGGGGACCUCGAGAGUGAAGACGAUAAAGGGUCCAUUCAGAAUACAAAUUGUGUAAAGGACUCUUCUACAUUGAGCCUUAAAGACCCCUCUGUCUUUACCUCUUUGUCAGUCACGUCUUCCUCCUCGCAUGGGAGUUUGAACUCACAAAAACACACACAGUCUUUGGCAGAGCAGCACCCAAAGCAGUGGAGGACAGAUGGCUGGAAAACAGUAUCUUCUCCGACAAUGUCUGAUGUCAGCUCCCUUUCGGACUCGGUCAGAACACGGCUCUCCAGUGAGUCAGACUACUCAUCUGCAGACUCCAGUGUUGAGUCUGUGAAACAGGUAAAAAAGAAAGUGCAAGACAGCAGAAAGAAAAACAACACGCAUGUCAAUGCGGUAGACAAAAAGAACUCUGAGCUUUAUAAGACUUCAAACACUGAGGGAGCCAUUUCGAAAGCAGACAAAGAUGGAAAAGUGUUAAAGAAACACAAAGUGAAACACAAACACAAAAGUAAGGAAAAAGAUAAGGCUCCAAGUGUGGUGUUGAGUCAGGACAUGAAUGAAAAAUUUGUCAAGAGCUUCUCUUUUGACUUUGACGAUACACGGCAGAAGUCGCUCAUUGUUGAGACAGAGUCUCCUUCAGAAAACAGAGUCAAACUCUCCAAACAUGAAAAAGAUCAUUUCAAGAAGGAAGACAGACUGUCUAAGGGUAAAUCUGAAGACAAGGACUGGCCAGUUAAGGAAACUCAAAGGGUGGUUAAAGAGGAGAAGUCAAAAAAGACAAAGGAGUCAAACAAGGAAAAGGUGAACAAAGAAGAGCGGGACAAACCUUUAAAGACCGAAAAGGAGAGAAGCAUAAAAGACAAGGCAAAGGAGGAGAAGCAAAAAGCCCAUAAAGAUGAUAAAAAGAAGAAGUCAAAAGAUAAAUCUCUUAAAACUGACAAAAAGAAUGAGCAAAAAGAAGAAAAACAUUUUAAAUCUGAGAAAAGUGUCAAAGAAGAGAAGGAAAAGUCUAAGAGGGAUAAAAGCAUCAAGGAGGAACCUGACUAUGACGACUUUGACUUAAAAAAUCACUUACUUGAAGACACCAAGAUGAGUGCAUCAGAUGACCCCCAUGAUCGGUGGCAGUCGGAUAUGUCUUCUGACAGUUCAUUGUAUGGAGAUGAUAGCUGGGAUACCCCGGUUAAAGAAUACAAAGCGAAUAAUGCUGUCAAGUUAAUUGUAGAAACAGUAAAGGAGGAAAGCAGGGACAGAAGGAAGGAAAAUAAAUUCAAAGACAAAAAAACAGAUCAUGCAGACAAGCGUCCUGAAAAGGAAACUGCAUCAAAGAAGAAAGACAAGGACACAUCUGACAAGAAAACUGAAAACAAAAAAGACUGGACGGACAAACAAAAGUUCAAUUCUGGUCAGACAAUGGAAAAGGAGAAGAAACGAAAAGAAUCAGCCGAAAGCGUCAAAGAAAAGAAAGAUAAGGAUUCUGUGGACUGCGGCAGAGACAGAAAGGAUUCUUAUGAGUUUACUAAAGAAAGGAAAGACUCCAAAGCAAAACAAGAAUCUCUGAGAGAUGAUUAUGGGAGCGAGGCCUUCUUUAAAGACAAACCAGAGAGUGAAACCACUUGUAAGUCUGACCCUAGGGAGAGGAACCACUCUGGAAAGGAAAGGGAAAAGAAAAUUGAUGGUGUGGAAAAGAAAGACAAGUCCAAAGGUGAAAAACACAAGGACAAGCCCAAGGACAGAAAUUUGGACCAGGAAAAAGAGAAACCUGAGAAAAACGCCAUUGAUCGAUCACUAAAAGAGAAAGAUCUAGAACGGGCCUCCAAAGACAAGCGGGAUGGGGUGAAAGAAAAGCAUAAAGAUUCUCACAGCAAGGACAAAGAAAGGAAGAUGUCAUCUGAACAGAGUAAAGACAAAAAAGAAAAGGCAUCCCUGGACAAACAUGCUGACAAAGAAAAAGAUUUCCUGGAAUUUAAGAAAGAGGAGAGAAAACCUGAGAAGAAAGAGAAGACGUGGUAUACAAUCGCAGAUAUUUUUACUGAUGAGAGCGAAGAUGAAGAUGACAAUUAUAAUGGGGGUGUUGCAAAAUUAAGCGAUUCACUGGGACUGUCAGAUUCUCACAGAAAAGAUUCCACACCUGACAUAGACGAAAUGGAUAAUUUCCAAACAGAUAAACAUAAAAAAUACUCUGAGGGGAAAACACAUUCCAUAGAAAAACAAAAGGAUAAAGAACAUAAAGAUAAGAAAAAAGAGAAGGCUGCAUUUGAUGCUGGAAAAGAAAGAAAAGCCUCCAUGGAAAAACACAAAGAUAAAAAGGACAAAGAUUCAACUGAAACAAAACACAAGGAACGUAAGGAUAGAUCUUCUGUGGAUUCAAAUCAGGAGAAGAAAAGCAAGCUGAAACUUCUUGACAAGAGGGAUGUCAGUGACGAAAAGAGCAAAAACAAAUACAAAGACAAGACAGAGCACUUAAAAGACCGGAAACUUUCAAAGGGGAGUGGUGAAAAUGAGAAAUCUUUAUUGGAGAAGCUUGAGGAGGAGGCAAUGAAUGAUUAUAAAGAUGAUUCCAAUGAUAGAAAUAGUGAAAUUUCAUUAGACAGUUUCACAGAUCGAGGUCAUGAGCCUGUGCUAAGCAACUUCUACGAUUCGUCCAACAUCAGCAUACCUGACAUGUCAGAGGAGAGAAGAGAGUCACUGUCUAUCACUAAUCCACAGGACAGGUUCAAAGAGAAAGAGAGACAUAGACAUUCCUCGUCUUCAUCAUCCAAAAAGAGUCAUGACAAAGAAAAGGAGAAAGUCAAGAAAGAAAAGAGUGAGAAAAAAGACAAGUCAGAGGAGAUAAGAGAAAGUUAUGGUCGCAGAGAAAGCUUGCCCUUUGACAAAGAGCCCAUGCCUUUAGAGGCUGAUCCUUACACUUUUCCAUAUGGCUCCAAAGUUGAUGGCGAAGAUGACUUGGACAAGACUCUAGAGUUUGAGAAGGAGAUGUCCAAAAAAGACAAGACAAACAGUAUCAUGAACAGUGAUAAAUUAAAAGACAAAAAGAAGAAAGAGAAACACAAGGAAAAAAUAAAAGAGGAAAAGCAUAAAUAUUCGGAUGGAUUGGGGUCCUUCAGACACUCAAAAGAAGAACAAAAAUCAGGACUGAAGGAAAACACUCAAAUAUCAAGUAUUAAAGAGAAAUCAAAAGAAGACUGUUCUAAAUUUGACGGCAAAAAUAAGGACAGGAUUAAAGAUAUAGUGGAUAAAGACAGAACAGACAGCAAGUCAAAAGUCAAAGAUGAGAACGACAAAUUCAGCCAGUCAAAGGAGACAAUAAGAAAGGACAACCGCCCUCGUGAAAAGCUUUUAGUUGAUGGCGAUUUAAGACUAACAAGUUUUGGUAAAAUGCUAAGCUUGAAAGAUCAGGAGAUAGAAGAACGCCAUAAGAGACACAAAGAGAGAAUGAAACAGAUGGAAAAAUUGAGGCAUCGAUCAGGCGACCCAAAACUCAAAGAUAAAACAAAGUCAAAUGAAGAACUAAAGAAAAAUCGCAGUGAACUCUCCAAAAAAACUGGUUCGGUGGAUGCUGCUUUAAAAGAGAAGAAGAUUAAAGAGAUUGGCCUCCCAACCCAAAUGAUGUCACCUGAUAGAAAGCCACAACCUAUUGACAGUCAGAACUCAAAAGACUGGCUUGCUGGUCACCAAAUGAAGGAAAGUCUUCCUGCAUCUCCACGACCUGACCAGAACAGACCAACAGGUGUUCCCACCCCAACAUCUGUGAUCUCAUGUCCAAGCUAUGAGGAAGUCAUGCAAACUCCACGCACGCCAUCCUGCAGUGCAGAGGACUAUUCAGAUAUCAUGUUUGAUGGUCUUGAGUGUCAUAAUUCCUCAGCCACCACAAUGUCCAUGAAUGCUUGUUCCCCCUCCUUCUUUGAUAGAUUUUCUAACUCAUCAAAUACUUUCCAGGAGGGAACGUGUAUAACACCAGCAAAGAACAUGCAGUUACCCCUUGUAAGUCGCUCUGUCACCUCUGACGUCAGAAGACCACUUGAUGUUGAGUUCAAAGCAGAAGCAGACAAGUUACUACGACAACACGUUCAAGAAGGCACAGAAUUUGAGUCUUCAGCCUCACAACUUUCUGAGGACAAGAUGGCAGCAGACAGACUUAAUUGCCUUUCCUCGUGUUUUUCACCCACUGCUGACAUGUCUCCCAGGCCUGACCUAUUGCAACAUGAAAGAUUACAAGAUGAAGUGUCUGCUGUAAAUUCCAUCAGUGAUGGUAAUGAAUACUCAGGGUGUGUGUAUAACAACUAUCUCAUGAAGCCCUCAACUCCAGUCCAUAGACCUGACCCCCAAGAGCCUUGUCUGGAUAUAGCUGCUCCUCCAACUCCAGCUCCUGCAGCUCUGCCCCCCAUGGAUAUAGAUGAUCUCUCAGAGCCACACCAGAGUGGACCUGGUCUAAUGCCAGCUCACCCUGUCAGUGUAAGCGACUACCUACCUCCUGUUGUUGAAGAGCAGGAAGAUGAGGAGGAGGAGGAGGAGGAAGAAGAAGACAAUGAUGAUGAUGAUGAUUUUGUUGAGGACCCCACAGAAAGUCACCAUGCUCCAGAGGAGAGCAUGCAGGCUAGAAACAAUCCCACUUAUUUACUCGGGAUCGAAGAAUCUGACAAAAAGGCUUGGCUUGAAUGUUCAGAUAGAAGAGAUCCUGAUGUGCUUCCCAUUACACCAGCCCAUCCACAAGACAACUACAUGGAAAACUCAUGUGAUCAGUCUUUAGGCUGGAAUUCAGAAGCACUCAUGAAGUCACCUCAUGAGAGUUACAGAGAGGUUGAGGCAGCAGUCUCAAAAAUUAGCAGUCCAUAUUCACAUUCUGAUUGCGAUUUGCAGCACAUCCCAAAUGUAAUCCCUGUGACGCCACCUCAUUCUACUUACUCCAGAGCAUACUGUCCAUCGCAGAUUCCUGACUCUCAUUAUGAGGACCCCAAAGACACAGUGGAAGACCUUCCAUCACCUGGAAGACCUGUAGCAGAGACACUGGAGUCCGAAUCACCUCAGCUAGAAAAUUUCUUCACUGAUUGUAAACCAACCCCUGAGGAAAAUCAGAUGGACCUAGAGUUGCCAUGCAUGAUUAAAGACAAUAGACAAGAGUCUCCCACCUAUCCUGCAGAGAUCAGCAUGCCUGUAGCCCCACCAGUCAGCGAAGAUCCUGUUGUUUCAUGGGCAGAUCCAUUUUCUGGUGCAGCUGAUGAAAUGGAUGACAUGGGUCCCUUCUCUAUACCAGAACUUCCUUUUCAAGAGAAGGAGAUGCAGGACCCUGAUAUAACAGCCCCAGAAAUUGCAGAGAAUAAGCAUUCCCCUACUCUGACGAGACCGCCAGUUAUUGAGACAAGCGAAAAUGUUGAAAUGAUCAAUGUUGACCUGUCAAGUUUGUCUAAAGCUCCAUGUUCUCCUACAGUUGUGCCUCAUGAUGAAUCUAGUCAGGAUUUGGUUCCUCCAGUAAGUAAGGAUGACUAUACACCUCAAUGCGAGUUGGAGCCAGAGCCUCAGAACAUCCCAGAUGUUCUUCCCAUCAAAGAAACUAUCUCAGAGGAAAGGGGUGGAUUUGAAGGCAUGGAUAUAAACAAUGAUAACUUGUUAGCUACUGAGGAACAGGACCAUGAAUACAGGAAAAAAGAAAUAAACCCAGAUGCUAUGAUGCCAUCUGUAAUGGUACAAUAUUUGGAACUGCCAGUCACCACAAAACCACAUUUAUUAGGACAAAACCCAGUGGUUGCUCUGGGGCCUUCCUGUAGCCCUCAUCUUACUGUUCAUAUUCCAGCCGUGUCAAUGCCUACCAGCACCCAUGUAUCAGAGACUCUUGAGACAACUGCCAAGUUGUCAGUGACUAUACCGGUGUCUGAGGCACCCAAGAAAAUUGAGGAAAUACCUCAGAGAAUUACCCGGAAAAAGGCUCAGAUGCUGGCCAAUCAAAACAAGCAGAGCGCCACACUAAGCUCAUCAAGCAUCACUCAUUCAGUAUCCUCAUCACCAAUUACAACGAGUGUUACCACCUCUUGUGUCACAGUAGAAAAGGAGAAAGAGACCAUCAGCUCAAGUAAUGUUCAAACAUCCGCACCCUCUGCACCUGCAUUAAUCACAAAAACAAAAGGCAGGCCCAUUGAGGAUGAUGACAACCAGUCCCAACAUCCACGCAAGAGAAAGUUUCCAAAAUCAGGCCAGCAGCAGGUGCAGGUUCAGUUGGUGAACACAGCAAUGAAGCAGACUCGGGAGAUGAUCCAACAAACUCUAGCAGUCAUUGUGAACGCCAUCAAAUUGGAUGAAAUCGAGCCAUACCACAGUGACCGUUCCAACCCCUAUUUUGAAUACCUUCAGAUCCGCAAGAAAAUCGAAGAGAAGAGGAAGAUCUUGUGUUACAUAACCCCUCAAGCCCCUCAGUGUUAUGCAGAUUAUGUGACAUACACGGGCUCCUAUCUGCUUGAUGGCAAGCCUCUUAGCAAGCUUCAUAUUCCUGUGAUUGCUCCACCACCAUCUUUGUCAGAACCCCUGAAGGAGUUGUUCAGACAGCAAGAGGCCGUGAGAGGAAAACUAAGACUACAACACAGCAUUGAGAGGGAGAAGCUGAUUGUAUCCUGUGAGCAGGAAGUGCUACGUGUUCACUGUAGAGCAGCAAGAACGAUCGCAAAUCAGGCCGUUCCUUUUAGUGCUUGCACAAUGCUGCUGGAUUCAGAAGUCUACAACAUGCCAUCAGAAAGCCAGGGGGAUGAAAACAAGUCUGUGAGAGAUCGCUUCAAUGCUAGGCAGUUUAUCUCCUGGAUUCAAGAUGUGGAUGAUAAGUACGACCGUAUGAAGACGUGUUUGCUAAUGCGGCAGCAGCAUGAGGCCGCUGCGCUGAAUGCAGUGCAAAGGAUGGAGUGGCAACUCAAGGUACAGGAGCUGGACCCUGCUGGACACAAAUCUCUAUGUGUGAACGAGGUUCCCUCCUUCUACGUGCCAAUGGUCGAUGUCAACGAUGACUUUGUACUGUUGCCUGCGUGACACCAAGACACAUUCAGACUCAGAGAGUUCGGUCUAAUAUAAUCAUCUAUCAAAGAGACAUCAAACAAAGUUAGGUAAGGGCUAGCCAGUUUGAGGAGAUUUCUUUGAGGAGAGAAAAUAUAUAUUAUAUAGAAAAAAGGUAAAUGACAUAAAACUCAUCCUUUUUUGCCCGGGGAGGAGCCGUCUUUUUAACGGGAGGAAAAACACAACUUGCACUUUUAUCCUCAAGUUUUUAUCGUUUUGUUUUGGAUUGAAAAAAAGCAAGUCCGCUUUAAACCCUGUCCCUCCUGUCUUGGGUUAUUUGGGUGAACAUACGGGACUGAAUUUUUCUCUGUCCCAGCCCAUGCUAAGUUACAACAAACAAGGACCUUGAGACAGGUUGGUCCACCUAUGUGCUCCAGAACAAGUGGACAGACACGGCACAGUGGUGGACACAGAACUCCGAACAUGGCUAACACCUCAGUGUGCAGGCACAACAGAGACACGAAAGAGUGCGACAGGAGUGCGAGCGCACCUUCUCCUUGUUUGAACCCGAGUCCACAACGGCUACAGCAGUGGAGAGAUUGGCUUUCCUGCUGUACGGCACCCCGUGCAGCCCCACAUUCAGGGCAGGAAGCUGCAUGCAGGGGCGAGCAGCAGCUCGGUGCCAGAGCCCAGAGUAGAGACUGCGUUCAGUUAGAGGGCAUGAGAUCUAGAGUGCCCUCACCAGGCGACAGCAGUGCAUUUGGACCCAGAUGCACAGUUGGAUGGUCCCUAAACCAGGCCUGACAUGCCCGGUUUCAUAAGGAAAAGAGACUAAUAAUGUACGAGCAAAUGUUGCUGUCACAAAUCACGAGACGAGGACUUACAAGAGUAUAGUUUAUUCUUUUUUUAAUGUUUGUUUUUGGUUUAUGUCUUUCUUUACUCGGGCAUUUCAUUGUUUCCUUUCUGAGGAAGUGACUUGAAACACUACAGAGCCAACAUUAGUUUAAUGGAAAAAAUACAAAACUGAAAAAAAAAAGAAGUAUUGGGUAAAUGAUGUACAGUUUUAUAAUCAUUAACCAAUGUAUUCUCGCUGCCUUCUAGAUAAUUUAUUUUGCCACACAUUACUGCACAGUUGUAAAUAACUUAUGUACUGUAACAUCACUCAGUUAAGUGUAAAAAAAAAUAAAUGAAUAAAAGUUAUCAUUGUAUGUACAGUUCACUUUCGGGCAGCACUUCCCCCUUCCCACCCCCUCAAUCACGCAUACCACACGCAUCCCACGGGCCAAAAGGUGUACACUUUGUCAGUAUUUUCAAGACUUCCACUUCCAACGGUCCUCGCGGUUUCUGUCCAAGGCUAGUCAAAGUAAAUCGAGAUCAUCACCAACAUUUAGGAAGCACCGUUCCUCUCCUGAUUGCUCUGUCAAGGCCACGAUCAUAGUUUUCAGAUGUAGCAGAGUGAUUAUGGAUUUAUUUAAAGAAUAGUAGAGGUAUAUUAUUCAUCGUUUAUUACACAAGUAUAUAUCUUUAAAAAGUAUAAACCAAGAAAAUGCCUUUAUACAGUUUAACGUCUCUGAUUUCUUCUAAAGCUGCACAAGUCAUAGGACGUGAUUUGGGUCUGUCCGAAUAUACAACCACCCCACGUAAGAUGUAGUACAUAUUUGCGUUUAUUACACAUUGUAUGAUUAUAAUCAUGGGAGUUUUUAUCUUUUCCUUUUUAGCGUCUUGUUACGUUCGUUUAGGCAUGAAAGUCACACACUCUUUUCUGCACUGUUCGGGAAAUCAGAAUUAAACGCCAUCUCCUAUCGUUCUUAUUUCAACAUCUGCAUGUAGAUUGACCUUUCUUAAACCCUAAAGCAGUCUGAUUUUUAUUGGCUAACACUUGAUAUAUCGACACCCAUCGUUAUUAUUGAUUCAGAACAAAACACACACCCUGCAUACUUGGAUUUGCUAUUUAUAAACAUGGGCUCUCUGACUGUUUUUCCAUUGUUGAUAUCUUUGUGAAUCUCCCCUCUUGAUAUUUUCAUUUGUUUUUAUCAUGUCAUCUAUUUUCUAAUCAUCUUUAAAGUACAUCGAGAUGCUUACAUGCAUCUGUCAGUAUCUAGGGGACGAGUGCAAGUGAGUUUCUUUCUAAUCGUUUGGUUUCAUUUGGGGUUGGCGGGCUUGAAAUGUGUUUACCCAUUCUCAUUACCUGCCUGUACUUCAGCGUGAGGUUGUGUGAUGUUUGCUUAACCCUCCAGACUAGUGUUUUUAUUUUUUUCAUUAUUCUUUUCCUUCAUGUGCGAGUCUGAAAAUCCCACAUGACGCAGUUCUGUAUGUGUGCAUUGAGUCUGGGUGCAACAGGUGUCACUAGUUCUGCAGGUAUUUGUUCGGGAUGACUCUUGUCCUGGUGUUUUGUGAGUACCGUGCAGUGCGAAACAAACCGAUUUUAGCGAAUGCGUAAUACGAAUAGCUUUCCGCUCCAUUUCCGAUCACUUUUAUUUCUAUUGUGUGGUUUCCAAAACAAACAUGAUCUCCGAUAAGUGCUAUUGGCGGUGUUUAUAUUCCCCCGACGAAACCAAAAUUGCGACUUUUUAAUGGAGUAGCCCCUGCAUACCUACCGUUUACAAGAUGAUAGGCGAGCUUCCACUUCCCACGACCGGUUGACUUUCAAAAGGCUAUUGGUGUUUUUAUUCCCCCGACGAAGCCAAAAUUACGACUUUAAUGGAGUAGCCCCUGCAUACCUGCCGUUUACAAGAUGAUAGGUGAGUUUAGGCUUCUCACGACCGAUUCACUUUUAAAAGCCUGGGAUUUUUGUUUCCCCGACAAAAUCAAAAUUGAGACUAUUUAAUGGAGUAGCCCCUGUAUACGUACCGUUUACAAGAUGAUAGAUGAGUUUUCGCUUCUCAUGACUGAUUUACUAUCAAAAGGCUAUUGAUGGUGUUUUUAUUCCCCCGACAAAGCCAAAAUUGCAACUUUUUAAUGGAGUAGCCUCUGCAUGCGUACCGUUUACAAGGUGAUAGGUGAUUUUCGGCUUCUCACAACUGCUUCACUUUCAAAAGCUUGGUAUUUUUGUUCCCCUGACGUAAUCAAAAUUGAGACUAUUUAUUGGAGUAGCCCCUGUAUACGUAACAUUUACAAGAUGAUAGAGAUGAAUUUCCGCUUCCGGCGACCGAUUUACUUUCAAAAGGCUAUUGAUGGUGUUUUCAUUCCUUGACGAAGCUAAAAUUACGACUUUUUAAUGGAGUAGCCCCUGUAUAUGUACCUUUUACAAGAUGAUAGGUGAGUUUCGGCUUCUCACGACCAAUCCACUUUUUUUAAAAGGCUAUUGAUGGUAUUUUUUUCCCCAAUAAACCAAAUUGGCAACUUUUUAAUGGAAUAGCCCCUGUAUAUGUACCUUUUACAAGAAGAUAGGUGAGUUUUGGGUUUCUCGCAACCGAUAAACUUUUAAAAGGCUAUUAAUGGUGUUUUUAUUCCCUUGACGAAACCAAAAUUGCGACUUCUUUAUGGAAUAGCCCCGGUAUACAUACCGUUUACAAGAUGGUAGGUGAGUUUUGGGUUUCUCACAACCGGUUCACUUUUAAAAGGCUAUUAAUGGUGUUUUUAUUUCCUCGACCAAACCAAAAUUGUGGCUACUUUAUGGAAUAGCCCCUAUAUACAUACCGUUUACAAGAUAACAGGCGAGUUUCCAAUUCCCACGACCGAUUCACUUUUAAGAGGCUUGAAAUUGUGAAGUAUAUUCGAUUUUCAUUUGGACUGUUCAGUAUUCAUCAUAAGCCAUAACUUCCGUUAGACUCGCUGCAUUGGGAAUAACUGACCAUGAGAUUGGACAUAAAAGAAAUCUUAACGCUUUUCUGUCGACUCACUGACCUCCGUCUGCAACACAUUACCUCUAUUGAUCACACAGAUUAUUCCAUUUACUGAUGAUAUGCUAGAUGGAGCCGCAAUUUCAAGCCUUGAUUUCAAACAUUACUUUCCGUGAAUUCAUGUCUUCAUCAAUAGUGAGGCAUAACCUAUUUAUUAUCUUUCCGACACCUGUGGUAUGUUUGAGUUGAAGGUCUCCGCUGUGUAAAUUUUCCUCUUGUAAUGCGUAAAACGAGACGUUGUACAUAGCUGUAAAUAAUAUUCCAGGACGUUUUGCACCCUCCUCUUUGUACUAGUCUAAACUUGCGUAGAAUGUGAGGUUCUAACAGCAACGAGACAUGUGGCGCUCGCUGCCGGUGAUGUAACAAUGUAUCUUUUUUUAUUUGUACAAUGUAGUUCAAUUGUGUACAUAUUGUUGGAGCAGCUACGGGGAGGGAGGGGUUUAUGAUGCUAUCGUCAGUGCUGUUAAAGAUCCAGUACUUUCACCUUUAGCUGUGUUGAUAUCCUGCAAUUCAAAAAGCAAGAAACUGAAAAAAAAGAAAGAAAAAAAAAACGUACCGAAAGGAGAAAUUCAGAAUUGUUAUUUUCUACACUUGCAUGUACAGAGAGCGCGAGAACUGCUGUUGUUCCUCAGAGAUUAUGUUCGUAAAUAAAUUUUUGAAAUGA